CCCGCACAGCGGCUUCCGUUGCGUCACUUCCUGCCGCCAGCGCCGCUCCCGGCCUGGAGGGGCGGGUGCCCAUGGAGGGGCUGGCGCGGGGGGGCGGCCUCAGCGGCGCCGACAGGGAGCAGCUGCGGGAGAAGCUGGCAUUGCUGCGGUGGGAGUACAGUGAGACCAUCAGCCGUCUGCAGCGGGCGCGGAGGGCGGAGCGGGCUCGGAGCCAUGGCCAGGGACUGGCAGCGGCGGCAGACGAGCAGCAGGAGCGGAGCCCCACAGGUUCUAGGGAUAAUGUAUCUCCCAGCGUACCAACACAUGGAACCGCUCAGCUGCAGACUAAAACCUGCUCUGAUGCUGACACAGAGAAGGUGGUGUCUGUCACAUUUAAACAUGUUCCUGAAUUCCCCGGCGAUGAAGCUAGCCUACAGGACAGCUCACCGGCAGAAAGCGAACGGACUGGCCAGGAACACUGGUGCUAUGGAGCCGUUAGGGCUGCUCCCAAGCAGAAAAUACCCCAAGCCUCCAGAAACUUGAUGAAGCUGAGGAGGCGGGUGAAGGCUCCGGUAUCUGAGAAAAGGGAAUCGGUGCGUGAUGAAACAGUGAAAAAUCCAGUUGCUGGUAUAGGGGAACUGCGGUCACCGGUCUUCAGGCGGAGCAGCCUCUCACAUGCUGAAGAACAUGCUCAGAGAGCAUACAGACUUGUGCAGAGGGAAGAAAACAAUUCCUGCCCUCUCAGUGAGGCAUCAGGAGCUGUACAGGAUGUCCCCGGGAACAGCGUCCCUCUGGGAGCACCCAAGCCGUUCCCAUCUGCGCUGUGGGACCCCUGCCACACCUGGCAGCCCGAAUCCCCGGGUGCUGUGGCCAUGGCUGGUAACCCUGAGCCUGCACAGGCAUGCUCGGAGAAAGGUGACUCUCCUUUGCUUGACAGCAGUGGUGACAGAGUAAAGGAGGCUUCCAGCAUAAUAAAAAACCAAUCAGACAAUGAGAGCACAUGUGAGGAUCAGGGAGAAAUACGCAGGCUCUUGGAUUUAAUGUCAGAAAAUGAAGUAUUGCCCACUGAUGGAAACAAACCUGUAACUGACAAGGGCAAAAGCCAUGAAGGAGAUCAAACUGACGCUAAUGACUUCAACCCCUUUCCUACAGAUCUUGCUGUGGGCAAUGUUGGAGAACCCUCGGAGAACCGGCAGCUUGAAACUGAGUCAAGACUUCUUCCUUCGGAGAAGGUGACAGCUCCUGAAAGUGCGCUGGACUCUUGCACAGUGGUUGAAGGGCUUCUUUUCCCGGUUGAAUACUACGUUAGGACAACACGGCGCAUGUCCAACUGCCAGAGGAAAGUGGACCUCGAUGCGGUGAUCCUUAGCCAGCUGGGCAGAAGCAAGAAGGGUCAGCGCAGUAAAUGCAAACAGAGAGAUGUGAACUCAGACCGGCCCUCCCAGGAGAGAGUCAAGAAUGAUUUGGAGUCAGGAGCCGUGCUGUGCCCAUAUCUUGGUGCAGAAAAUGACUCAGUAAAUGAAAGUAGUCCUCAGAAAUCCCUUCCUGCGUCCAGCGGGAGCAGCACUUCACUGGGAUCUCUUUCCCAAAGCAGUGCCACUGGUAUGGAGCAAGAUUGGAGACGGUCUCAGAGGAAACAAAAGGGCAGAAGGAAGUCUGCCCGCACACCCUCUGUGCAUCACGCAUCACAGGAAGGCAGAGAGAGUUUGGAUCUCCUGGUGAGGGAAGGCAGCAGUCUUCUGCCAAAUGAGUGCCAGAGUGAAAGGGAAAACUGUGAGGCUGACCUUGAAAAACCACCUUUGGAGGAGCGUGGGUUCCCUGCGGCUGCAGCUCUGGGGUUGGGAGAGGCCACGGUGACUGAUGCUGUACAGCUAGCAAGUGCCGACCCUCGUGGAGGGAGCCAAGUGCUUGGGAAAUGCCGGGAAGCUCUGCUAGAACAGACUCAAAAUCCAACGCAGAACAGUGAUUCUCUGAACUCACAGAGUAAAACUUCUGCCAGCCACGUAGGAGACCUGGGAGCCAACUUCGGUGUGUGUCAGGCAGAUAAACGUCCGGUGGAGCAUGUUAAGAACCAGGACGUGCAAGGACCCUGCAGGGCUGAGCAGCUCCUAGGGAUUAACGCCCCUCCACGCCGCUCCCUGCGUUCCUCUGUGAGACAGAGAGCCAGCCAAGCUGCAGAAGAUGAAAGCAAAAGAACACACAGCGAUCCAGCGGGUACAGAGGCUCCUUCUCCUCUUGGCCUCUCUGCUAUAGACCCCGAUGCUGGCAGCUUUCUCUUCUCCUUCCGCAGUCUGCAGUGGGUGACCCCCAUCCUGGGCAUCCAAGACUUUCAUUUACCAGAUGAGGAAUUCGGACUUCUGAAACUUGAGAAAUUGGAAUCCUCCCCUGUGAAUGACUUGGAGGACUUUGUUCCUCAUGUGUUUGGAGAUGAUGUGCCUUCUGAGGACAUGCGGGAUGCACAGAUGAAUCCGGAAGAGAACAGUCUCAAAAGUAACUUGAUUUCGCCUCUCAAAAAUGGUCUGCCCAAGGUACCCCACUUGGAAAGCCCUGCUUCCAAGAAGGAACUUUCCCCCCAUGAGCUGCUCUUCACUCCUGUGGGGACUGUCCCAGCUGAUGCUCCCACUCAGCCUGAGUCUCAGAUCUCCUCAUCCAUUUUUCCUGUUGUGGGUGCAACCCCAGCUGCUUUACCACCAGUAUGCAGUGAGAUCUUCCCCAGUUCGCCUUCCGUACCUCCCUCACAAGUGAGUCCGCCUUCCUCCAAAGGAGCAUCUGCCUGUGUCGCGGGCCAUGGGGAGUGCAAAGACCCUGCCAUUCCACUGCACUUGGACAGUGGUGGUGCAGGAUCUGCUAGAAAAGAGGAGGAACAACGUACAGCAUUUCCUGUAGGAGCUGAAACGGCUCCGGACAAUAAAUCUGAUGAGGCUGUGGCCAUGGAGAAGCGCCAGCAGUCAGAGAAUGAACAGCAGGGAUCUGUCAGAGCUUCUCCUGAACAGGAAAAAGGUGUAGCAGAACAGUUGACUCCAGUACUGCUUGAUGGGCUGACAGAGGAGAGCUUGCAGCUUGUAUCAAAGCUAAAGGAUUCCUCCAGCUCCUGCGCCGUGGAUGUGAGCACGGUGUGGUGGGAGGCAGCUGGCAGCAAAGAGCUGUGUGUGGUGACAGCUUGCGAGAGCUCUGUCUCACUCUGGAAACCUCUGGCAUCCAAUGGCUGGGAAAAGAUCUACACUUGGCAGCUCAGAGAGGUUCCUGUGAUACAGAUUGUUCCUCUGCCGGACACCUGUAACCUCGUGUGUAUAGCACUAGGAGAUCUGGAGAUUGGAGAAAUAAGGCUCUUGCUUUAUUCUUCUGAGAACGACUCCUUCAAGCAAUCCCUAGUGAGAACUGGCAAUAUAAAAGCUGUUCUUGGGCUGAAGGACAGGCGGCUGGUCAGCAGCAGCAGAACUGUGUGCGAGCAGCAAGUGGAAGUUGUCUCACUUUCAGAGACAGGAAGGAGCAGGGAUGGACGGACAUUGAUGCCUCCUGAAGAAACUGUUCUAGCUUUUGCUGAAGUAGAAGGACUGCAAGACGCCUUGGUUGGCACCACUGCUGUGAAUGGCGUUGUUGUUUGGAACCUGCGAACAGGCCAGCUCCUGAAGAAGAUGCACGUUGGUUAUUCCUACCCAGCUUCCGUCUGCCACCAAGCAUAUUCCGACUCUGGCCUGCUGUUUGUUGUUCUAAGCCAUCCACAUGCCAAAGAGAGCGAGUCCUGCGGAAAUCCUGCCUUCCGUGUGGUAGCGUUCAACCCCAAAACAGCCAGGAGCACGGGAGUGAUAUUCUCCUCCCUCCCCGCCGGGCAUACAGGAAGGUACCUGGAGGGUGAUGUGAAGGACGCCUGCGCAGCUGCGGUGUUGACAUCAGGAGCCGUGGCGGUGUGGGACCUGCUGCUGGGGCGCUGCACGGCACUGCUGCCCCCGGGUCCAAAGGGCGACUGGGCGCUGGUCCGCUGGGCCACCACCACUGCCUGCCUGCUGGCCGGCCAGCGGAACGGGACCGUCUGCCUGUACCAGUAUCGGCAGCCCCAGCCGGGGGUGGCUUGAAGGGGCGCUGAGGCCAGGGGCACAGCACCGGUGCAGCCGGGCGCAGCAGGGCUGCUGCUAAUGGGCCGUGCGUGCCCCAACCAGCGUCGAGGUUGCCGGUAACGGCCGUGCGUGCCCCAGCCGGUGUCAGGGCUGCUGGUAACGAGGCCAUUCGUGCCCCGGCCAGCAUUGGGGCUGCCGGUAACUGGCCGUGUGUGCCCCAGCCAGCAUUGGGUUUGCCGGUAAAAGGCUGUGCGUCCCUCUGGCCGGGCGCCCUGAUGUGCGUUGUGGCAUUAAACGUUUUU